GCCAGAUCAGUACUUCACAGAUCGACUAAGUGGCCAGGAUGAAUAAGUUGAUACUUUCACUGUUUGUCGUUGUGUGCGUUGCCGCCAUCAAUGCCAGAGGUGAUGAGGUAGAUGGGGCCCUCUACGACACGGAUUACUCCCAGUCGACGGGCCUGGUGUUCCCACGUGACUGCAAGAGACGCAAUUUGGUGAAAUACGCCCGGAAAUGCGAUCUAACGGUCACCAGGAGAGGGAAAUGGUACAUCGUCAAGGACCCCGACACUGAUAAGCGAAUCGCGGUCAUCCCGCGAAAUGUAAGAAAAAAUCGUCGGUGCCGGAGAAUCAUCAACCGUCUGACCGCUCGAUGUGAAGGAGGUAGUACAACCACUGAACCUUCUACUACACAGCCAUCAGCAUACUACGGCGAACCAGAAUACUACAAACAAAUCGAAACACCUGAAGACGAUGCUACGGCACAAUUGUACGAGACCUACGAAUACAAAGAUUACUAAGAAAUUCAAUAUUUAAAAACAAGCCUCGCUCUGGGAAAACAGGGUUUAAUACAAAUGUUACAAUUUGUUACAUAAUAUUCAUACUGGCAUUGUUUUUGUAAAUCAGAUAAAACAUUAACUGUUGUCUUAAUCCACAAUCAAAACGAAAUAGAUUUUUAUAGUAUUAAUUAUUGAAUCAUCAAACUAGUGUUUAAUAUGUUUGAAAUGGAAACGCUAUUAAACCAGUUGAUGUAAGCGUGUAUAUAUUGAAAUACCCAAUACUAUUUGAUUAAAAUUAACAGCUGAAA